AUGGCCAACGACGAGUAUGAUCGUGAACCUACAGUUGUCUUGAUCGGAGACUCUGGUGUCGGAAAGUCCAACCUUCUCAGUCGAUUCACCCGUAACGAGUUCAACCUCGACUCCAAGUCGACCAUCGGCGUCGAGUUCGCCACUAGAUCAAUCCAGGUCGACUCCAAGACGAUCAAGGCCCAGAUCUGGGAUACCGCUGGACAAGAGCGAUACCGCGCCAUUACUUCCGCUUACUAUCGAGGUGCCGUCGGCGCUCUCCUCGUCUACGAUAUCAGCAAGCACCAGACCUACGAGAACGUCACACGAUGGCUCAAGGAGCUGCGAGAUCACGCUGAUGCCAACAUUGUCAUCAUGCUGGUCGGAAACAAGAGCGAUUUGCGACACCUGAGAGCUGUUCCCACCGAGGAGGCCAAGUCUUUUGCUAGCGAGAACCACCUGUCCUUUAUCGAGACGUCCGCCCUCGAUGCCAGCAAUGUCGAACUUGCAUUCCAGAACAUUUUGACUGAAAUUUAUCGCAUUGUUUCCAGCAAGGCCCUCGACAGCGGCGAUAGCGCCCAGGCCACCAUAGGCGCGGGCACCAACAUUUCGCUCAGCAAGCCCGCCGACGACGAUGCUGCAAAGGGUGGAAAGUGCUGUUAA